GGACGCCGCCGCACCCUACCCCACUAGCGGCGCUCGAUCCCACACCCGCUGCUGCCGCCGCCACUCCUCCAGCGCCGUCUCCCUCCCCGUCGUCGUCCAACCACUCGAGUGCGUCGCAAACAUCCCCAAUCGAUCGGCGCCUCGCCGUCCAGCCACUUUAGCGCCGCUUCCAUCCCCAUCGACCAUCGCCUCGUCGUCGUUCCAGGGCUAUCCCUUGGACGUCCAGCAGCCCCCGCUCACCGUCGAUCCACUCCAGCGCCGCCUCGCCCCCCACCGGCCGGCGCAGGGCCUCCCUCGUCUUCCGGAUCUGCCUCACGGCCUCGUCUUUCAGCGCCUCCAAGCCACCCAAAAAAGCAAGUCGCAAGUAUCGCGCGCCGGCCCUGCUGAAGAUCGAUGGAGACGCUGCCGGAACACGUGGUCGUGGAGAUCCUGGUCCGCGUGACGGAGGUCGCAGCCCUAUUCCGCUGCGCCGUGACGUGCAGGCGAUGGCGCCUCCUCAUAGCCGACCGGUCUUUCCUCCGCCGCCGCUGGCCGGAAGGCGUGGUCCUCCAGUCCUCCCUGCUCGGAUUCUUCGCCGUGCAACAGCCCCGUCAAGAACCGACGGGAUGGAGCUCUACCAUGCCCAUGCCGCCCUUCACCCCGGUGCCAUGCUCGCCUCAGCCCCACCGCUUCCUCACCAUCCCUGAUCAGCCUCAAGGCAGCCAGGCAGUGGUGCUCGCCUCACACCGUGGCCUUCUUGUUGUGCGCUUCCUCCCACAAGAUGCCAUCAGCAUGUUCGAGAGAACCAUGGUCCUGGCUGUGUGCGAUCCAGUCGCCGGCACAAGCCGCCGGCUGCCUCCGUUGAAGUUCAAUAGGUCUUUCCGGAUAGAAGGAUGCACCGUUCUAACCCGUGCGGAUUGUUCCCCGACCAAGACCAAACGGCGAGGGGCCUCGCCCUUCAAAGUGUUAAUCAUCAGUUACGACGGGCAGUACAAUCUCCAUGUGCUCGCGUCCGACGAGUCGAGCUGGAGAAGUCCGAGGAUAUGCUUUGGACCGGUGGAGCAUUCCGGAUAUGUUGUGCCCCAGCAGGUCAACAUUGUCGUGUGCCAAGGCAUAGCACACUGGCUCUUCAAGUUCAUGUCAAACUUCUACACACUCAGCGUGUGCGCUGAGACCACGCAGAUGGCUUUAACAAAGCUCCAAGUCACACCAAACAACCUCGGCUUCAAGUUUUACAGUGCAUUGCUUAGUGUCACCAACGACGGAAGGCUAUCGCUGCUUGGUUUACACAGGGACUGCACCUGGCUGGAGAUCUGGACACAUGAAGGUGACAACAAGAGUUUAGAUGGCAUGGCAGACUGCUGGCACCACACCAAGAUGAUUGAGCUAAAACAACCCAAGCAGAGUACGGUCGACCUGGUGCGAUGCGUGUGCGUGAGUGAGAUUAGCGGUAAACUGCUCAUCAAGGACAAUCAAGAUUGCAUGUACAUUGUAGAUCUCCAAACUGGGGCGAUGGAGACCGUCACCGACUGGUUUUGCGGCAUUGUCACAAUGGCUGUCCCGUUUGAGAUGGAUUGGCCGACCUUGUUCAUGUCUCGCUUGGUGGGCUGUAGAAUCAAGUGGAACAAACUGAGGGGAGAUAUGUCAAAAAAUUAUUUCUCUUUAUGGGGACCAAUAGUUUUGUCAAUUAUCUUUGGGUUAAUUGCUAUGAGUCAGGAAUAGCCAGAAAUCUUAAGAUCUGCGUGUGGCAGGCUUAUUGAAGAUGCAAGUUAAUUUAUGACGUAGAUGAUGGUGCAUCGUCAAGGCAAGGAACAAUUGUUUCAAGGGUUGCCCUACUAAAUCAGAUCAACAGGAUACAGCUGCCACAUGCAGAUAAUUGGGUCUUGCGGUGCAGAAUGUUGCCUCUGUGUUUCAUUGUCAGUUUAACUUGUGCCUGUUUAGACUUGGUGUGCUAGCUGAACCUUUAAUGUUCUGUUGAACAAGUAGUAAUGGGCUGCUGAAUUUUCGUUCGUAUUAUGGGAAUCUCCAUUGUCUAAGAAGGUAAUUUUGUAGCCAAUUGUGAUCGUAAUUGACAUUUCAUUUGCACAUGUA